GACAGUGUGUCUCGUAAUCGCCGUCAAGUAAAGUCCCACAUGAACAGGAAGAAAGGGAAUGUCAAAAAAGAGCCAUGAGUGCCUCUCGAGUCCUCGCGUUGUUGCCUGACAUCAGCGCCAACAAAAUCACUGACCUGGCUGUUAGGUCGCGCAGUCCGAAGAAAACAAGGACCACCCCACAGCCCAUAGACCACACUGGUCAAACUCCACGUCCAUCAAAAGAUGAAAUUGCUCUGUGGCGUAACUCGCAGCGGCAGAAUGUGUGUGUGGCCAUGCUGCGGCAGGGCUUCCACCUCUCCUUCCAGGAGCUGCUGUCGGUGCUCCAGCGCUUCGAGGAGACGCGGCAGGCCGGCGGCCCCGAUAACGCCCUCUGGUACCUGCCCCCCCUGCAGGAGCAGCCCCACAAGCUCCUCACCCUCCAGACGCACCUCACCUGCGCAGAGACCGCCUUCAGAACAG